UACUUCAAGGUUAGGAUUUUGAUGUACAUAUUUGGGGAUUCGUGACCCUCAUUACAUAUUUCCGGUUGAAAUUUUACCUUUUCUAGUAAUUUUUGCUCUUAAAUUUUAAAAUUCAAUAUAUUUCCUAAUGCUUUUAGGUCCGGAUCUUCAAAAGACGUUAGGAAAACUUGAGUUUGCUUACCGUCAGACCGAUCGGUCUGAUGUAAAACAUAAUUAUGUUUUACUUUGAAGUAAACUGAUGAGCCAAGCUGAGAUUCUCGAGCCUCUUUUUUGAAGAACAAAUUAUGCAAAUCACAAGUUUCGAGGAUCCGACAUAGGAGGUGAUUACAAGCAGUCCACACAAAAUGUAGUUUCAUGAUUGCAGCUAGCUUUUUUUUCGGACGCAUUGCAGACUUUUUGGGCAGACUUCGGGACACUGUCCCACGUAAGUAGAUCUACCCGAAUUUUUCGCCCCAAAAAGUCUGCAAUGCGCCCAAAAAGAUGCUAGCUGGAAUUAUUCUUAUUCUAACUUAUUCUAACCUAUUCUUCGAUAAUGCCUUUUUAUGGUAAACGAAGAUCUACUCACUAUCUUCUGAAAAAACUCUGGUCGUGCUUAAACAGAGAGCUGGGUGCCGAAUGAAGUCUUUUCGUUCUGUCGUUAUAACGACGGUCCGUUCUUAAUAUGUAUCGUGGAGGCUGGAACAACGCUGAUAAUCAAACCCAGCAGGUUCUAAUCUACUCCUGAAAAUGAUUCGAAAAAGAACAGGGUGCUGAAUUAGUGCCAGUCAUGAUGAAAACCUGCACAGAGUUCUAGUCUGUGCCAUUAAAAAAUCCAUUUCACAAGAGAAUCCGAAUUUACUCACUAUAGAAUGUUAGAAUUAUUUCAGAAUUAUUGAGAUUUAAUUCAGCAUUAUUAUAAGCUUGUGUGCGCAGAAAUUCUGCAAACUUCUGCAUUGCGCCCGAAGCAAACGCUAGCUGGGCUUCCAUAUCGCUAUUCGCAAAAAUCAUAUAGACACGUGUUAACAGAAUAUUGUCCACUAAUACAGCGUAAGGAUCAAAAAUCACAGAAUGGUGAGAUAAUUCAAACUCUAGAUAACACUAGUAACUAUUUGUAGAGACAGCAGACUUUCAAAUGAAGGGCUAUGGAUUCCAACUAAAAUUUGGCUGAUGGAAUAUUGUCUGUCAAGUAAUACAAGUGAGAUUCUCGUAUUCAGCGUUUUAUCGAGUGUAUAAACAUGCGCGUGGUUGCUUUGUCGUAUUACUGCUGUAGAAUACGUUCCAGAAGUGUUUCCUUUUGGUAUUCUGACUUCAUCUUGACACCAUUUAUUUCUUUACGAUGACCAGUGUGUUAAGCAAUGUAAAUAAGUGCACUCUUUCUGAUUCACGGAUAAAUAAAGUAGAUCUCGCAUUGCUUUUGUCUUUAAACAUAAUAAGUAGAGGUAUUUUAUUUAGUAAUCAUCUUAUGUGUGUGUAAACUACAUUACCGUUGUCACUAUUUUGAAGUUUAGAUUAUGUCAGACGAAGAUUCGAUAAGAAUUAAACUUAUUCUCUUAGGCGAUUCGGGAGUGGGAAAGUCGAGGUUUGUUCAGUGUAUAAUACCGAAAUCUUACUUUUUAUUUUCUUCAACAAAGUCUAAUCCGCCGAUUUGUUGAUGACCAGUUUCUUGUGAAUGAGGCGGCAACAAUUGGUUUCGACUAUAAACCAUAUCAGAUGGUUUUGGAUGGUGAGACUGUACAGUUUAAUAUAUGGGAUACAGCUGGUGCAGAACGCUACAGUGGUUAUCUAACUCCUUCGUUUUAUCGUCACGCCAAUGGUGCCCUUUACGGUACGUUUGGUAUCAAAUGACUUUCUACCAUCGUUUCCCCUCUUAGUAUAUGACGUUACUUCUAUGCAAAGUCUAUCUGGAGUAAAGUAUUGGGCAGAACAAACAGAACAGUUCUGUGGCGGUCGGCUUUUAAAAAUGCUUGUUGGGAAUAAAAUUGAUUUGGAUGGCCGAGUAGUUUCUAAAAAGGAAGGUUCAGAUUUCGCCCGACAAUUGGGAUCACUUUUUGUGGAGACUAGCGCGAAAACAAGUGAGAACGUUCGUGAUGCAUUCGUAGAGCUUGUUCGAAAAGCUUACCAGUCAACUUAUUAUUUGGUUAAUGAGCAAGGUUUUUCACUCGGUUUCACUGUAAUCGCAACUUACUAUGUAUUCAGGUUGGCUCAAAACGCUCCUAUUAUGUUGAGGUAUAUUAUGGUUAAGUGUACGACUUCUACUGAAGAAGUUAGACAUAUUCAGAUCGAGUUUGAACAGAAAAACGCAAAAUUAGGUCACAAGACACAGUUUUGUUCCCUGAGGUGCUUUGAAAAUUCAACCGGAUGCAAGAUACUUCAAGAUCCUGAAUUCAGAGCAUCAUCUUCAUCAUCAAGACCACCUCAGGGUAUACCAUUACAAUCUAAACAACCAGAUCCACCACCUUCAACGUGUUCGUGUUAACAUCUGAAAUUAUAUCUGUGGUCCAGCGGUAUAUGUGUGUUUAUCUUAUCCAGAUCCAAUUCACGUAACAAUCGAAAUCAGCCUGUUUUCUUGAAUGGAACCAAAUACAAAUCGUCAGCACGUUCAAUGCCUGUGAUUCACACAUCGCCUUAUCCAUUCUCCCCGCCCCAUUUGUCUCUCCUGUAUACAUCCUUCCACCGGUCAUUACUUCAUAUACUGCAUAAAUUUUAAUUCGUAUAAUUUACAACUGUAUUGUAAGAUUAUUUCCGAAGUAUUCAUGUUUAAUUUCACCAUUUGUUAAUGAUAUACAUAUAUAUAUAUAUUGUUUUUAUCAUUAUCAUUAUUAUCAUACAGUAAAAAUGUAUAACACUUUUGAUAUUUGGAUAAUCUGGUCAUGGGAAAUAAAAAUUUCCAGUAUUUCAACACUGGCUUAUGAACCAGUUGAAGUUAGUUAACACUGAAUGUAUUCAAUUUUAUGGCUUGUCGCGAUGCUUUUCAUCCCUUUUAUCUUUUCAAACAUUUUAAACACCAUUGAAGAAGAUAUUUCCUUGGAUUUAAUCUGUAUGGAGUCAAAAUUGGGUAGUUUUGUGACCUUAAACUUCAUUUAGGUCAUAAUAUGUGACUUUCGUCACGUGUUUAUGCAUGCUUUCUUGAUUGUCAUUUGUGGUAUAAAGCGGAUCAUAUAAGCCGUACUGGUUGACGUGAGUGGUAUCCAGCUACUCAUCUCAGUCAUUCAGUAGUACAGUAUGCGGUUCCGUUAGAACGGGGUUCGAUCCCAUGC